CAUAGAUGGCUGUCCGAUCACUCAACUCUAAGAAAAAAGCAAAAUGCAAUGAACUGAAAUGCGAGAAAAAUGAACUUUCUUGAUGAAUAUCUAUAGUUUAUGUUGUGAAAGAGGUUAACUGUUCUUGUAUAUAUUUUGUGUUCCUACAAAUGUUACGCAUACUGUUUUAUAGGAAAAGUAAUGGUCAUUUGUAGCUGCUUCGAAGUAGUAGAGCAAUGGCGAAGCGAAAGAAGGCAGCGACAAAGCCCGUGGCGACGAGGCGGACGACUCGACGCGGGAAACAGACUGGCGGCGCCUCGGCCAUUGCGGAAGGCGAGGCAUCGGCGCCACCGCCUGUCGACACCACCGCCGAGCCCAGCGACCCGCCCCCUGCAGCCACUAUAGAACAAAUUGCUUCUAAGAAUGAUGAGACCACCGUACCAGAACCCCAAACAUCUGAAACAUCCGAAACUCCCAUCUCAAAGCCUAAUCAAGUACCGUUUGUGUCAUUGCACAAGAAAUUUGGCAAGUACCGGUGUCUGUUCACAAAUGAUGACACAUUUACUAGAAAGUAUGAUGUUGGCAGUGAUAGUGAGACAAAUAGUAGUGUAGAAAUAAGGAUUGUUGAUCCGUGCGCUAGUUCAGAAUCAGAUUCCAAUGCAGCAUUGGACACACAGUCUGACACUAAUAGUGGUGCGUGUCCCAGCCCAAUGAAUAAUGCAACAAAUGCUACAGAGAGGUCUAGAGAUGUGUCUCCUGUGGUAAUGUUAGAUAAUGUACAGGAAAGUAAACAAUGUGUAACAAAUGAUGUUAAUACAAUCAACAGCAGAGAAGUAGAGUCUCCAUCUAUAUUAGAUGAUCCAGUACCAUAUGAGGAGCAUGUUGAGGAACCUAAAACUGAGUCUCAACCGGAAUCUGCUGCUAACAAACAAACAAAUGCUGAAAUUGAGCUCAGUGCUGCUGUCCCUGAGUAUGUUGAAGAAACUUUAAUCACUCAUGACAUUCCAUUGGAUGAUAUGCAAAUAGAAUAUGCUGUUGAUGAUGAUGAAGUUAUUACGGUUGUCCAAAUUGUUGAGGAUGACAAUCCAGAGCUUUACUAUGACAUCAAAAUUGAUAGCCCUAAAGCAGAGAAUAAUGAAGAAUCUAAUAAACCAGAUCCUGAUUUCCAGAAACAUUUUGAAAAUUUAAAAUUGGUUACUACGGAAUCUGAGUCCCCAUUGGAUUGUAACGAAACAAGUGAUAAUAGAACAGGUUUACUUACUUGUGUCCCUGAGGAAAGCUUUUCCAAGGGCAUUGUGAAUGAAAUGCUAACUCGUCCAGAUCCUAGUCUAACACCAAGCUCAACACUAUCUGAUGACAGCAAUUCAUCACGGGUUACAGAUCAAGUUCAAAACUCUAAUGACUCAGCUGAAUCUUCACCCACUGGUGUUAGAAGAUCAAGCCGCAUUAAAACCAUAAGCAACAUGAAACAAAAGACUAAAGGGUAUGGGUUAGUAAAAACUCCAUUAAAAAAGGCAUUGAUAACGCAAACCAAGUUGAAAUUGGAAGAAACAAGUUCAGACAGUCAAGAUAAGCCCGAAUUGGCGCCAAAUAAUGCGCCGAGUUCACCCUUUCCUGUGCCCUCAGAAAUGCCCGUAAAAGUGAAAUCCAGAUGGCGUCGGUCAAGCGAGUUGGAGAUGGGCGCCAAUUCACCAGCCAAUUCGCCACUCGCGAGUCCAAGUUUGCCUCAACGUUUGCCAACAGUGGCAGAAGCUGAAGUCAACAAUGCUCCAGAAGAAGAUACCCCAUCCAAACCCUUAAGCAAAGAGGCAUAUGAUAAAAUAAUUCAAGAAAGAAUGGACCAGUACCAGCAUUUAGAUGAGAAUGAAUACCUGUGUGAUCGGAUGAUCAGUAGGGAGACUAAGAAGAUGAUUUGUGACUGCUUUUUGACCAAAGAGGAGUUGGAACGUGGGGAACUGGCUUGUGGAGAGGACUGUCUCAAUAGAUUGCUUAUGAUUGAAUGUAACUCCAGAUGUCCAGUUGGUGAUAGGUGUACAAACAGAAGAUUCCAGAAGAUGGAAAAUGCUGCUUUGAAGGUGUUCUAUGCUGAUAAGAAAGGUUGCGGUGUGGAAGCCUCAGUUGACAUUCCUAUGGGUGAAUUCUUAAUGGAAUACGUCGGCGAAGUGCUCGACUACGAGCAGUUCUACAAACGGGCGCAGGCCUAUUCCGAAGAGAACAACAUGCACCACUAUUUCAUGUCGCUAAAGGGCGACACCGUAAUCGACGCUACAGUAAAAGGCAAUAUUUCACGUUUCAUCAACCAUUCCUGUGAGCCGAACGCCGAGACCCAGAAAUGGACAGUGAACGGCGAACUGAGAAUAGGGUUCUUCAGCAAGCGAGAUAUUGUCGCCGGCGAGGAGAUAACGUUCGACUAUCAAUUCCAACGGUUCGGAAAGGUGGCGCAGCGCUGUUAUUGCGGUGCGGAGGCGUGCCGCGGCUGGAUCGGCGGCGAACCUGACUCCGAUGACGAUGAUGAUGAUGAGCAUUGUAUGUUUAUUCAGGAGGAGGAAGACGUGUCGACGUCGAAGGACUUGGCCGGUUCCACCGAGGAGUCGCAGGCCUUGCUGGCGGAGCAGCCGCGCCCGAGACCGCGCAAGGCCAAGCCGCGCAAGUACAAACCUAAAGCGCCCGACCUAGUGCAGGACGCUGAUAUCGAGGAAGAUCUAGAAGCUCUAAGCCGCACCGGGGUGAAGAACCAGUCGCACACAUUGCGCCUGUCGCGUACGGUGGUCCGCGCGAAGGGCCGGCCGGCGCAGCUGUCCCUGCUGCGGCUCCUGCGCGACGCGGACCUGCCGUGCCGCCGCCUGUUCCUGGACUACCGCGGCCUGCGACUCCUCGCGCCGUGGUGUGCCGACGCGCCGCUCGACUUCAGGUUGGAGAUGCUGCUAACAGUGGACCGUCUUCCGAUCCCGAACAAGACGAUGGUGCAAGAGAGUCGUUUCUUCAACAUCGUAGAGCGUUGGCUUAGCGCGGCCGACGUGCCCGUGGACAACGUGUACAUUGACGAAGCCACAGGUUUACCAAUAGAUCUGCCUAACAGACCAAAUCAGGAAAACGCACUGAGUCCAGAGAAAAUCAAGGAGAACGCCAUCAUGUCGGAAAAAGUUAAAGAUCUCUCCAACCAACUGCUGGAGCGGUGGUCCAGUUUGAAGGAAGUUUUCAAAAUUCCAAAGAAAGAACGCAUACAACAAAUGAAAGAACAUGAGAGGCAGGCGAACGUUGAACGUCGCGCUGCAGACUCAAGCGGAACUCGAGAUCGAGAUAGGGAACGGGACCGCGAUCGCCGGGAAGAUCGGGAGCGUGACCGGGAAAAGGAGAGGGAGAGAGAGCGCGAACGGGAACGAGAAAGAGAACGGGAUCGAGACCGUGAACGGGACAAGGACCGCGAGAGGUAUAGAGAACGUGACCGCGAGCGAGACAGAGACAGGGAUAGAGACGACCGCGACAGGAGGAAAAGAAGGACCAGUCCUGAGGGCAGGAGAAGCAUUAGACUGAGCGAGCGCGUGCUGGCGCCGGUGCCGCCCAUGAGCAAGGAGGAGCGGCGGCGCGCGUUCGCCGAGGCCGCCGCCGCCGCCGAGCGCGCGCGCCGCCUGCCGCGCUGGCGCAGCGACUACGCGCAGAUGUUUCCUGGCGGUAUGAUGGGCGGUCCCGGCGUGCAGCCUGGCAUGAUGGGAGGCUGCGUGCCCGGAGUGCCCGGAGUUCCGGGUGUACCAGGGGUCCCUGGCGUGCCGGGCGUGCCAGGAGUCGGUGAGGUGCCCGACUGGAUAACGCAAGAGUAUCCGCCUCAAUCCGGCUACUUCCCGCCGUUCCCCGGAGCCCAACAGUAUUGCAUGCCGCAGCACAAUAUGAUGAGUAUGAGCGGGUUCGGCAUGGGCGGGUUCAUGUUCGGUCCGGGGGCCCUGGCGGGCGCGCUGCCCCCCACCCCCGGGCCGGCCCCCGCGCCGGGCGUGGCGUCUGCCCCGGCGCCCUCGCCUUUUGGCCACCAUGGACCGUUACCGCCAGAACCAGAGGCGUUGAGCGUGUCGCUGUCAGCGAGUGCGGCGAGUGUGGGCGGUGCAGCGAGCGUGCGGCUGCCGUCGCAGUGGCGCAGCGCGAAGGACGCGCGCGGCCGCACCUACUACUACCACGUCAAGCUGCGCCAGCCGCAGUGGGCGCCGCCGCCGCCGCCCGAUGAGAGUUCGUCAGAAGAGGAAGACGAUCAAGAUAACGCCUUGGACAGUCCUAUAGUGAGAAGACAUGUAAAAGGGAAGCUUGUGGAAGGCGUAAACGGGAUAUACGAAGUGAUAAAAGAAGACACGCAUAACGGUUUGAUACCGGACCACGCGCUUCUUAACAUGAGGCCGAGAAAACGAAGAGUUGGUUUGGUCUCAGAAAGGCCUAUAAGCCCUAGAACAGAGGAGGAUAAACUGGCGGGCAGGUUAGAAGUGAAACGGUAUAAACAGACAAAGGAGAAGUUGCGAAGAAGACGGGAGAGGUUGAUGCAGAAGGUGCGCCUGCUCUCGGGCAAGUUGAAAGUGAAGGCUGGACCACAAGACAAGCUCGCGGUGUUGGAGCUGACCGAGACGGACAGCGACACCGACUCGGAGGGCUCGGACGAGGGAGACAAGGCCGCGGAGCUGUCACCCAGCGCGUCACCCCCGAGCGCGGCGCCGUCGCCCGCGCCGGUGAUCGCCGGCGCCGUGAGCGAGCGCGACAGCCGCCGCAUCAAGGAGCAGUUCCGCAGCGCCAUGGCCGGCGUCAUGGUGCACCACCUCAACCCCUACCGGCACUCCGACGCGCCGGCCGGCAGGAUCACCUGCACCGCUGACUUCAAACACCUGGCUAGAAAGUUAACUCACUUCGUGAUGCUGAAGGAGCUGAAGCACUGUAGAUCAGUGGACGAGUUGGUGGUGACGGACUCUGUACGUGCGAAGGCGCGGACGUUCGUCAAGAAGUAUAUGGCUAAGUUCGGACCCGUGUACAAACGCCCGCCCGAGGAGAUCGACUAGCCGAAACUCUCGCGGCUGCUUUACGCGAUUGUGUGAUGAUAGUUGGGGUUUUGUGUUCACUGUCGUAUCCAAUGUGACGUCACAAGUGUCAUGUGAGAUGUUUGUAACUAAGUUCAGACGCGAACGCCUAAGGAAGCUGAAUAGACGCGGUAUACGAUCCUGUCUAUAGAUAUGUUCAUUGUGUGUUUGAGUUUCAUAUGUCGUAUGUUUCACGUCAUUUAACUGAUCAUUUCCAUUUUGCACAAGUCUACAAUCAGUAAGAUACUAAAGAAAAAAAAACUUAUAUUCAAAAACAAAUCAACAAAAGCUUAUUUUGUUCUCUUAUGGUAUACAGAUUUUAGGUCUGAAGUUGGCUUCGAGACGCGUCACAAUUGGUAGUUUAUGAUAGAGAGCGUGGAUGGCAUGUUUAAAUCUAACUAACUUCAAGCUGGUUAUAAGCUACAUUUAUAAUUGGGUAUUUAGACAGUGAAUGCGUUAAGGCAUGUACGGUUCAGUAGAAAGGCUUGGGCGUUGUGUAUGCAGUGCGCGAUAUUAUAAAUAAUAGCAGUUGUAAAAACUUUUGUUAAUGCGAGUAAAUAGCUGUCAAUGCACCAUUGACCGACAAUUUGUUAUAUGCAAAAUGCGCAGAACUUUCAAUCUAUCAUUUGAAACACAUUAGAUUUUUAAAGUGUUGUGGGUGAAUAUGUGAAUUGAGCAUUAGGUAACUCACUUGCAAACUUGUGAUGUGAUUUGUAUUAUUACAAAUUAUGAAAUAUAAAAAGUAAAUUUUUACUUAUUAAAAUUUUCUUAGUUAUUUUUUUGUAAGUCUAAAAUGUUAUUUAAAGGAAGCAAUAUUAUUAUCAAAAACGUUAUGUAACAAAUUGUCAGCAUAAAAGUGUUAAGAUCCCUAAUCACACAUUACAAGAUAAUAUAGUAAGACGAACUUUUAUUUGUAAGAAAAUGUCGAUGUAUUAGCGUAAUUGUAAUUGUAACUGGAAUUAUUAGUACACAAAUGUAGGGUUAGUUCAGACUACAUCGGGUAGUCGAUUCAUAGGAGUUCUGGGGGAUGUUAGAAACGCGACGUCAACACGACGUUGUCUUGUCGAUGUAUCGCGGGAAUAUCAAUGAAAUAGUUUAUAUUUAAGGCCAAGAGUAUAGGUGACUGCCUCGGUGGCGUAGUUGUAUUGCACGUCCGGUACAAUAGCGCUCUGAGGUCCUGGGUUCGAAUCCCGGGUCGGGCAAAGUGAUAUUUGGGUUUUUCUGCUCAGUAUCAGCCCGGAGUAUGGAAUUUGUGCCCGAUAUGGCGAUAGGCUCGCCCCCUAUCACAUCAUGGGACGGAACAUACUUGGCGAAAAGUGGGUGCCCUGGUUGCGCCUCUGCAUACCCCUUCGGGGAUAAAAUGCGUGAUGUUAUGUAUGUUAUGUAUGUAAGAGUUUAGGCAAUAAAACCUACAAGACGCUACGUUAUAGGGAUUCUAGUUUAACUAGUAUAGCAUCAAGUUACAGUCACAGGUAUUCGUUGAUUUACUGCUAUUUUCAAUAAACGAUCCGUUUCAAGAGAAUGUGGUCUUAAAAAGUGUUUUGUGAUGAUGAGCAAUAAACUUUACGUCGCAUAGUUAGGUAAUUGUAGUACAUAUUGGACUAUCGUUUAUGCUUGGUACUGAUCGGAUCAGGCACCGCCCGGUCGGUCUCUACUAUAAUAUAAAGCUAAAGAGUUUGUUUGUUUGAACGCGCAAAUCUCAGGAAGUACUGGUUCGAACUGAAAAAUAUUUUAGUGUUGGAUAGCCUAUUUAUCGAGGAAGGAAGGAAUAACAUCACGCUGUGAUCAAUAAAAGCGGAGUAUCAAUGAAAAAUGUUGCAAAAAUGGUGAAAAUGUAUUUAUUUUGGGAGCCUUCGUUGCGUACAAAGUGUGCAGCACAAAGUCCCCGGACUUGUUUGUCUGUUUGAAUGUAAUAAACUGAAAAACUAUCGAACGGAUUGCGAUGAAAUUAAGUAUGGAGAUAGUUUGAGACCCUGGGACGGACAUUAGCUACUUUCUGUCCCGGGAAUAUAUAGCUGGACUUUAUUGCCGGAAAACUUUAUCACGGAUUUUUUUUAACGCGGGCGGAGCCGCGACGCGGAUCUAGUCCGUUCAACACGAGCAAAACCACGUUCAUAUGUACGUUUGUAAGCUUUAUUGUCUAUGGCCAAAAGACCAUGUUUCUAACGUCCCCUGGAAAGUGUCAAGAUUUUUCUAUCGUACCGUUAAAUUUCGAUAGAUUAGUGAUAGUGUUCGUGUGCGCUGUCCGUGUGUUUAUAGAGAGUUUUAAUGUUUUUAACGUAAUGUAAAUAUAUCCAUAGACAAUGUGUGAGUUUGCUAUACAUGUACGAUUAUGACGGAAUAUUUUUAUUUUGUUUAUUUUAAUGACGUAGUAUUGUAGGUAUUUUUUAUAAAUGGAUACGUUUCGUUUACGGACACUCGGAAGUGUAUAGGGAAGUUGCAAAUCGAUAAAAUGUCAACUGACGUCGCAAAGUGGGACAAUAUUUAAGGGAAAUAUUGUGUUUAGUUGUGGUUUCGUCCGAACAAAGGUUCAAAGGUUUGAGUUUUCAAUGUAUUGAAUGUCCAGUUCUAACUAUAUCCUACAUGGUCGAUUAUUAGUCGGAUUUAACGUGGGAAAGGCAAAUGUAGUGCUUCGAUAGUUUAUAAAAUGCUCAUAUUUAAAAACGAAUAAGUCACGACUUGCGAUAAUAUGAUGAGAUACUAACAAUAUGCGGUAUUCGAUUUGACCAUUCUGAAGUGAGUAGCAAACUGUAUUUAUUGACUAACGAGUGACAGGGACGUACAGAGUGGUUAGUGACUAACUUCAUUAGACUAAAUUUAAUUGUUACAACUCAAACAAUAUGGGCCUUCUAUAUACUGUCCUAGCACUGUGAAAUUAUCAAAACUGCUCAUUUGCUGUUUUGUAAAGUGUAUGAAUUCUAAGAGAUAUAUAGAUAUAUUAAUAUGACGCGAUAUUUGUUGCGAUGGAGAUUUUUUAGAGGUUACGCAGGGCACAAUUGUGAUUAAUGUGGGCUGAAAUCAUUUGCUUAGGGUCUAACGGCGACAAAAAGUAAAUUUGCUCUGGGCAACUUUAGCCUUAUCUCCAUUAUUUAUCAAAGCAACCACAAACAAAUCAAAUAUUUUGCUGCACUUUUUUAUGUCAGUCAUUCGGCUGGUAAUGAAAACGAAACAAAAAAAUAUUUACCCUAAAUUAAUUGACAAAUGUGCUCUGUUGUGAAUUAAACUUUACAACCACAAGUUGCAAUGAUCUCUACAGCUCGCGAUUUUUUGUACCACCCAUUUUUAAUGUAAGACGCGAUCGAAAUUCGCAACUCGAAUACGAAUCUAAUUAAGUUGAAUGUUUCUAAUAUAUGUGCAGUAUUAAAAUAUGUUUUUUUUUUAAGUACUGACGAAGUGUGCUUUUAUAGAGCAUCUUAAAUUUUUGGAUGAAUAAAAAUGCAAUUAAUCGCUGUAAAUGGCUUAUAAAUAGUUGGCAGUUACAGUAAUUUAAAUAUAUUUUUCUCUAUGACUGUGUUGUAUUGUUUGCUAUUGUCUAUAGUCCAUGUAGUUUUUCAGAUCAGCGCUGUGUGCAUUUGUUUCGUUUCAUGAUGUAUUGUCUCUCGUAUUUGUACAGUGUCCUAAAUAUUUGAAGCCAUAUGAAAUUAUGAAUGAAUAUUGUACGUGCAAUAAACUAAAAGAGCGACCAGGGCCGAAUCGGAAUAGAUUCGAGUAGGUUACAUUUAAUUAUUCGAAUAAAUGUUAAUAUAUCGAGCACUGACCUCGUAGUUGUAAAUUCAAGUAGGUAAGAAUUCGGCUAAUUUCGGUAAUUCGCGUUAAAUUAUAGAUUCGCUCCUGGUGGCCAUGAACGAUUUUUACAUUUCGUAGUAUCGGUCUAAUGUAUGUAGUUUAAUACUUUAGAGUGUUGAGCUGUUAGUGUACUUGCGUAGAAGCCUCAAGUGUUCGAGCUAAGCGAAAUGGAUGAUCUCUUCAAAUUCAAAACUUCGGAUUAUCAAGCUUCUAUAUUAAAUUGUAUUUUGUUCUGACUUACGACAGACCUGAUACGUAAAAAAAUAUAUCUAUAAUAAAUACAAUUUAGAAAUCAUAUUAAAUAAAUAAUAUUGGUAGUGGAGGAUAUUCUUGAUUCUGUCUGUAUGUCUAAAGUAUUUUGUUUCUUUCCUAUUAUAUUUAACCUCUUCCAUGCGAGACUGCAUGAUCACAACGAAUAAAAAAUUGUACAGACAUGCGUUGUGUGUAAACUCUUUUUUAAUAAUUCACAGACAAUAUAGCUAUAAAACCUGGCGAAAAUUAUUUUAUGUAAACACUCUAACGUCCCUAAAAGGUGGUAUAAGGAUAAUACAUAAUGAUUGUGAGUGGUCGAGAAACCAAAGUGUAAGGUGUUGUACGUGUUGGUUGAUCCACCAAUCACAAUCAAACGAUACGGACGUUCGUGUCGUUUUUCAUAACACAGUGUAGGGAGCAGUACGCAUUGAAAGGGUUAUUCUCUGCUCAAAUCUUACUCUACAAAUUAUAAAAAACAUCGCAAAGACAAAAAAAUUGCAUGGAAUAUCAAGUGUACACGAGAUCAUUUAGUACGAUUAUGUUAUUGUAAAUAUUGUACAUAGACCAGUGAAUUAUGACGGUGUGUAUGAAGAUGAGAUAUUUUUAAUGUUAAAUGGAUUGUGAGAGCGCGGGCCGCGUGACCCGACGCCGCGUUUAGAUGUAAGCAGCCGAUGGAACAAAAUAAAGUGUUAUUUCUUUUA